UCUUUUCGAAUUAAAUUGUAUUCAUGGAACGAAGGAAAGGUAAACGUUUCGUCAUUAUUUGAUUAUUUUGACAACUAAAAUCAGUGACUGCUAAAUUUAACCACCGUAAAUCAAAUCGUGAAUCCAAUCUGUACUAUUUAAAUAUUCGAAAUGAUUUCGACUCAUUUUUUGUCUAGAGGCAGCUCUUGAAGAAAGUCAGUUUACUCAUGAAACAAGAGGUGUUAAAACAAAUGUACAAAAUAAUUUCUCUAUGCACCACUUGAUGGCUCUCACCGUCAAUAUCUAUUCAAUUUUCAUGCGUCACUACACAACACCGCUCCGUGUCUGUCAUCGGAACUAUGGAUGGGAAUAAACAAACAAUAUAUGCUAACAAGUUAAACGUACGGCUGAAAGAAGAAAAACCGGUUCGCGCUCGCAGUCACACACAGUCGCAAGCGAAUGCUAUUUACACACAUAUCCGCAGAGUCACAGUCUUUAACGGAAUGUACUGUAGAUGUUAUAGCUGCAGUGUGGAUCGCAGCAACAGCAAGCAGCAGCAGCAGCAGCAGCACAUGUGUGUAUAGGUAGAGUGAAUGAAGUAGAACCAUUCAACGUUUACCAGAAAUGUUUGUGUAGUUAGUAUUGAAUUGAAUGCUGUACCAAACGGUACGUCAUUUGUGCGUUGUGUCGACCGAAUGGAUUAAGAUCAUUCGUCUUUCGUUGGGAGAGGGAAAAAAAACAUGAAAUUUAUUCUUGACAAAACAAUCGUGCAAUAAAGCCAAAAUUUAUUUGAUAUUUUUAUGGCUAAUUUGAAUAAUUUCGGUAGAAAGAAAAAUAAAAGUGUGUGUGAUUCGUCGAGUGGUGAUCUGUGUUGAAUGAGAGCAAGCAACAAAAAGGUGCAAUCUACACAGGUGUGCUGUUGAUUCUGAGAAAACAAUAAAACUUGGAUUGUCAGUCAAUGGUACUUUCAGAGUAAAACAAUUCGCUUGGCUUUUUGCACACAAAAACAGGAUUUCUUAAAAUCGAUAUCUCUUGGUCCGAAAUGUAAACGAAAGGAAAGGAAAAAGAACGAAACCAACAAUUGCUCAUAAACAACAAGAAGGCAAAAAAAAAGAAAGGUUCGAAUCAUUUGUGGUGCUAAUUUUGAGUGAAUUGCGUACAGUGGAUUUUCAAAAGAAUUGUGCAGAAUUUUUUUUCUCUGGCAAAAAGUCUGUUAUUUUCACACACGGAUCAGAAACCGAAAAAAAUUGUUUAUCGUACCAAAUGAUCAGCAGAAUUUAUUCAUCAAACACAAGCAUAAAGCCGUCAAAACUGUGUAUAAUUAACAGAUUUGUGUGCUAAAACUAGACGAUUCGUGCAAAUAUUAUGGCAUAUGGUGUAUGUGUGUGAAUGACGCUGGAUGUGAAACAGAAAAGUUCGUUAAAAAAAAGAAACAUAACAAGUUGGAAAUAUAAAUAAAAAGCGAAUUUGUGGCUCAAUGCGAUUCUGAUCGUUAGCAAACAUGUGCAUGUCGAAAUCACGGUGUUUUGACUUGUUACUACUAUUCCCAAUCUUAGCCGAAUAAUAAAUUUGAUUUUGGAACGGCAUUCUUGGUUUUGGUUCUCUCAUAGUGAUCGAAAACGUGUGUACGCGAACCCAACUAAGAAAUAUGGAUUCAAAUGUUUCUGUAGACGACACCGCAUAUUUAACGCAUAGCCGACUGAUAAAAAUUGAUAAUAUGGAACACAUAUUAAAUAUGAAUAAACGAAUGAAAGUACGAAGGAAAUCGCGACGGUUACCGUCAUCAUCAACAUCGUCAUCGUUAAAUUGGUUUGUAACGCGAACCAGAAUUACAUCGUCAGCGGCAACAGCAACCAAAACUAUGUUCAUAAGUUUACUCACACUGUGUCAUCUACUCGGAUUUACAUUGUGUAUCGAUUCAUCACAACAGCUUCAACCGCCAAGAUUUACGACGCAACCAUCAUCGUCUGGUUCGAUAGUGAGUGAAGGACGUACGAAAAUUUUACAGUGCCAUGCGUUGGGUUAUCCACAGCCGAUGUAUCGAUGGCUUAAAGAUGGAAUUCCAGUGACCGAUUUCUCAACGGGUCAAUAUUAUCGUAUACCCAAUACGAGACGUGAUGAUGCUGGCUCUUAUCAGUGCAUGGCACGAAACGAUGCUGGAACGAUAUUUAGUGAAAAAAUUGAUGUAGUCGUUGCAUACAUGGGAAAUUUCGAAGAUAUAACAGAACGACGUGUAUCGGUGGAGUCAGGUCAUCCUGCGAUUUUGGAUUUGCCACCAAUUGAAUCGAUACCACCACCGUCGGUGACAUGGCAAGACGAAGAGCAUCAAUUGAAAUUCGAUAUAAAAUAUGCGGAAACGUUGAAAAAUCAAUUGAUCAUUUUGAGUGUGGACGAAUCCGAUGCGAAAUCCUAUCGAGCACGUGCAAUCAAUACGCAACUUGGCAAAGAGGAAAAUAGCGCUUUCAUUCACUUAAAUGUCAGCGGCAGUGAUUCAUAUGAUGGAGAAAUUGCACCGGAAAUUAUUGUGCAUCCUUCCAAUCUUCGAUUGGUUCGUGGUGAAGAAGUGUCACAGUUGCAAUGCAUUGCCAAUGCACGACCGCUGCACGAACUCGAAACACUUUGGCUGAAAGACGGCAUUCUAAUCGAAAAUACUGGAAUUGCACACACAUUGGACGACCCAUGGAACCGAACUCUGGCUUUGUUGACAGCAAAUUUAACCCAUACUGGCCAAUAUACCUGCCAGGUUCGAUUGCGUAGUGGCGGUUUUCCCACAGUUACAUCGACGGCUACAGUUACGGUGCAAGAGCCACCAACCUUUUUCUCACCACUGCGUACGGAAACACUGGGCGAGUAUGGGUCUACUUUGGUGAUUCCUUGCGAUGUAAUUGGCGAACCAACGCCACAUGUUACAUGGUUUAGAAAUGCCGAUGCAUUGGACAUGACCAGCGAACGAUACAUCGUUCAAGAAGAUAACUCAUUGGUGAUUAAAAAACUAUCGAUGGACGAUUCGGCGAUGUUUCAAUGUCUUGCCUCGAAUGAUGCUGGCGAAAAAUCAUCAUACACUUGGCUUCGUGUAAAAAACAAGGGUGCGUUUGUCGAUAACAACGCCAGUAUCAAUGAGUUGUCCACUAAUCAUCUAACAGUCGAUAGUAAUGGAAUUAUACGAAAUCGAAAGAAACGUUUUGCUCAGCCGCGCAUUAUACGUGUGCGAGCAUCGUCGUCAGCCACCGCAUCCAAAUCUUCGUUGUCAUCCAUUUCAUAUGAUUCCGCUACUUUAUCUGGAACGGGUCACGAAGUAACCACUAAAAAUCGGAAACUCAAAGGAUUUCGCUUUGAUUCAACCACUUUGCCGGGCUCAUCAACACCGAUCAUGGAACAAUCACCAAAAAAUAUCACCAUUUUGGAUGGCAAGGAUGCAACAAUUGUGUGCCGUGCGGUCGGUGCACCGCAACCGAACGUGACAUGGACUUAUAAUGAUACGACUCCGGUUGAGUUAACAGGACGAGUUCAAGUGCUCGAAAAUGGUGAUUUGUUGAUAUCGAAUGUGCGCGAGAGUGAUGCCGGUUGGUAUAACUGUAUUCGGUCAAAUGAAGCCGGUUCAGUGACGGGACAAGCAUAUCUUGGUGUUAUGGUUCGCACACAAAUCGUUCAACCGCCCGCUGACACUCGUGUACUUUUGGGUUUGACUGCAACGCUACAAUGCCGAGUAUCAAGUGAUCCAUCAGUCCCGUUCAAUAUUGAUUGGUAUCGUGAUGGACAACCAGCACCAAUUAUGAAUAGUCAACGAGUUGGCGUACAAGCGGAUGGAACAUUGGAAAUUCAAGCCGUUCGAGCAUCAGACGUUGGUGUUUAUUCAUGCAUGGUUACAUCGCCGGGUGGAAAUGAAACACGUUCGGCUCGAUUGUCUGUGAUCGAAUUGCCGUUCCCACCGACAAAUGUGAAAGCCAUUCGUUACGAUACGCAAACUUAUCGCUCGAUAAAUGUGUCCUGGACGGCCGGAUUCGAUGGAAAUAGUCCAAUUUUAAAAUUCAUUAUUCAACGACGCGAAGUACCCGAACUAGAAGAAUUUAUAGGUCCAAUACCUGAUCCGCUAUUAAAUUGGAUCACCGAACUCAGCAACGUGUCGUCCAAUCAACGAUGGAUUUUAUUGCGAAAUUUGAAAGCAGCAUCUGUAUACCAGUUUCGAGUGAGUGCAGUAAAUAGUGUUGGCGAAGGACCGCCAAGUGAACCGAGCAACGUUAUUCGUUUACCACAAGAAGCACCAUCUGGUCCGCCAGUUGGAUUCGUUGGGUCAGCACGUUCUUCAUCGGAAAUUAUCACCCAAUGGCAACCUCCACUCGAAGAGCACAGAAAUGGUCAAAUUCUCGGCUACAUCAUAAGAUAUCGACUGUAUGGAUACAAUGACAGCCCUUGGACCAUUCAAAAUAUAACGAACGAAGCUCAACGAAACUAUUUGAUUCAAGAGUUGAUCACAUGGAAAGAUUAUAUUGUACAAAUUGCCGCUUUCAAUAACAUGGGCGUCGGAGUAUUCACCGACGGUGCAAAGAUUAAAACAAAAGAAGGCAUUCCAGAGGCACCACCAACCAAUGUACGAGUCAAACCGUUAAAUUCAACAGCCAUUAAAGUUUGGUGGACACCACCAAAUCCACAACAAAUCAACGGCAUCAAUCAAGGGUACAAGCUGCAAGCAUGGCUUUACAAUAUUGCCGACGGUGAGGAAAUGGAAUCCGAAGCAAAAAUGAUCACCGUUCCACCGAGUUUAAUCGAUCCGUUGGCCGAACAAAGCACCAUAAUGUCUGGAUUGGAGAAGUAUACUGAAUACAAUAUAACGGUGCUCUGUUUCACCGAUCCAGGUGAUGGUGUUCGCAGUGAAUCGGUUUAUGUAAAGACAAAAGAGGAUGUUCCAGGUGAAGUGGCCUCGUUGCAAUUUGAUGAAGUUUCUGAUCGUGCAGUCAAAGUGCUGUGGUCACCACCGAAGGCAGCCAAUGGCAUUUUGACGGGAUAUCAAGUGAAAUAUCAUGUUAAGGACGAUCCAAGCACAAUGAAAAUGGUGAAUUUAACAGCCAAAGAGACAAGCUUAAAAGUAACUAAACUGGUAGCAACUACACGAUACCUAUUCGAAGUGAAUGCCGUGACAAAAGUUGGCGCAGGAGCACCAAAAACAGCAACUAUGCAAUCGGGCGUUGAACCAGUUUUGCCAUCACCGCCAACACAACUCGCUCUAUCAAAUAUCGAAGCAUUUUCCGUGGUGUUGCAAUUCACUCCAAGUUUUGAUGGUAAUUCAUCAAUCACCAAAUGGACUGUCGAAGCGCAAACCGCACGCAAUUUGACAUGGUUUACAAUUUACGAGAUUUCCGAUCCCGAUGCAUCAACAUUGACCGUUACUGGAUUGAUGCCAUUUACAUCGUAUCGCUUGCGAUUGAUAGCCACAAAUGUGGUUGGCCCAUCAGAACCGUCGGAACCAACGAAAGACUUUCAAACGAUUCAAGCGCGUCCAAUGCACCCACCACUUAAUGUCACCGUUCGUGCGAUGAGCGCAACUGAGCUUCGCGUUCGAUGGAUCCCAUUGCAGCAGAGUGAAUGGUUUGGCAAUCCUCGUGGAUAUAAUAUUACCUACAGAAACGUUGAAAAUGGAUCGGCAUCAUCGGUUUUGAGUGCAUUAAUUGAAGACCAUACCGCAAAUUCACAUGUGCUGGACAAUUUGGAAGAGUAUGCUGUUUAUGAAGUUAUAAUGAAUGCAUGCAACGAUGUUGGAAAUUCAAAAGACAGCCCACCAGCUUUGGAACGUACACGUGAAUCAGUGCCAUCGGUUGGACCAAUCAAUGUUGAAGCCAAUACAACUUCGUCCACCACAAUCGUUGUGCGAUGGGGUGAAGUUCAGAAAGAACAUCGUAACGGUCAAAUCGAAGGUUACAAAGUCUUCUAUGGUGCCGCAAGCCGUGGACCAGUUCUACAUAAGACGAUUGCGAAUAAUAACACAUACACAACCACAUUAACUGAGUUGAAAAAGUUUGUGGCUUAUCACAUUCAAGUGCUUGCCUACACUCGAUUAGGUGACGGAACAUUGUCAACGCCACCAGUUCGUGCUCAAACAUUUGAAGAUACUCCUGGUGCACCAUCAAAUGUUUCAUUCCCGGAUGUUUCACUAACAACGGCGCGUAUCAUUUGGGAUGUGCCCGAAGAGCCAAACGGCGAAAUUCUUGCAUACCGGGUCACUUAUUCGAUUAAUGGAUCGACCAAUUUGAAUUAUAGUCGUGAAUUUCCGCCACAUGAAAGAACAUUCCGAGCAACGAACUUGCAUUCGGAACGGUAUUAUAUUUUCAGUGUCACAGCUCAAACUCGUCUCGGUUGGGGUAAAACAUGUUCAGUACUCGUGUACACCACAAAUAAUCGCGAGAGACCACAAGCACCGUCGUCGCCACAAAUUUCAAGAAGUCAAGUUCAAGCACAUCAAAUCACAUUUAGUUGGACACCGGGACGAGAUGGAUUUGCUCCACUUCGUUAUUACACGGUGCAAUUACGUGAGAAUGAAGGCCCAUGGAUUUCACUUUCCGAAAGAGUUGAUCCAGCCAUUACGUCAUUCACAGCCACUGGUCUGAAGCCACACACUACUUAUCAGUUCCGCAUUCAAGCUACAAACGAUUUAGGACCCAGUGCAUUUAGUCGCGAAAGUAUCGAAGUACGUACUCUGCCUGCUGCUCCCUCGCAAGGUGUUCAUGGAUUGAAAGUUGUGCCCAUUACAACGACAAGUGUUCGUGUUCAAUGGAACUCACUUGAACAUUCAUAUUGGAAUGGUGACGCAACAACCGGAGGCUAUCGAAUUCUAUUCCAACCGAUUUCCGAUUUUCCAACCGCUUUGCAAGCAACACCCAAACAAGAAGUCAUGGGAAUCGCGUCGAAUAGUAUGGUUUUAUCAGAUUUGACACAGGAUAGAAAUUACGAAAUUAUUGUGAUGCCAUUUAAUUCACAAGGAGAAGGUCCACCAUCACCACCAGUUGCCGUUUAUGUUGGCGAAGCCGUUCCAUUGGGCGAACCUCGAAGUGUGGAAGGUGCCGCUGUAUCAGCCACUGAAGUUCGACUACGUUGGAAACCUCCAACGGAGCAAAAACAAAACGGCGAUCUGCUUGGCUAUAAAAUCUUCUAUCUGGUGACUGAUUCACCCCAAGAAUUGGAAGAAGGACGAAAGUAUGAGGAAGAAAUCGAAGUUGUACCAGCCUCAUCAAAUGCUCAUAGUUUAGUAUUUUUGGACAAAUACACCGAAUACCGUGUGCAAUUGCUUGCGUUCAAUGCUGCUGGCGAUGGUCCCAGAUCAAUUCCAAUCACCGUUAAAACUCUACAAGGUUUGCCUGGACCUCCAAGCACUCUUAACUUUACUGAUAUCACGAUGCAUAGCUUGCGUGUAUCAUGGAAUGCUCCGAAAAGGAAAAACGGUGAAAUCUUGGGAUACAUUGUUACUUAUGAAACUACCGAAGAGAACGACAAAUUCAGCAAACAAGUCAAACAAAAAGUGAGUGGAACGAGUCUAUUGGUGCAAAAUCUCGAAGAAGAAGUCACAUACACCUUUACCGUGCGUGCACAAACAAUCGACUACGGUCCACCAAUCGUCGGAAACGUAACAACUGGACCACAAGAAGGAUCACCGGCCGCGUUACGCGAUCUUCUGCUAACCAAAACUGUGUCGAGCGUCGAAUUGCACUGGAAAAAUGGUCCAUCGGGCAAAGGGCCAAUCUUGGGCUACUACAUUGAAACAAAGAAAAGAGAAAGAGAUCAAAAUUUGAUUUAUGACACACGAUGGGAAACUGUUUCACGUACAACGGGCGGAUCGAUGCAAGAAUUUACCGUUAGCUAUCAAACAUUGCUGCCAUCAACAGUUUACUCAUUCCGCGUUAUAUCGUACAAUAUGUAUGGCAUUUCGUAUCCAGUUUAUUCGAAGGACCCAAUUUUAACGCCAUCAAAACUGUAUUUGGAAUAUGGGUACUUACAACAUAAACCAUUUUACCGGCAACAGUGGUUCAUGGUAUCACUAGCAGCUACAUCCAUUAUCAUUAUCAUUAUGAUUGUGGCCGUUUUGUGUGUCAAGAGCAAGAGCUAUAAAUAUAAACAAGAGGCACAGAAGACACUAGAAGAAUCGAUGGCCAUGUCAAUUGAUGAUCGGCAAGAACUGGCCUUAGAACUGUAUCGAUCACGACAUGGCAUGGGCAAUGGUACACUCUCGGUGAAUGGCGGUACAAUUCGCCGAACGAUGGGACGCAAGCCAACGACUCAACCGGCUGCAGCUGCUGCGCUAGGCAAAUCGCCACCGAGACCAUCGCCAGCUUCAGUCGCUUAUCACAGUGAUGAAGAGAGUCUCAAAUGUUAUGAUGAGAAUCCAGAUGACAGCAGCGUUACAGAAAAACCGUCCGAAGUGAGCUCAAGUGAUUCACAGAACUCCGAGAGUGAAAAUGAGAGCGUUCGAUCCGAUCCGCAUUCGUUUGUGAAUCACUAUGCGAAUGUGAACGAUACGCUGCGUCAGUCAUGGAAACGACAGAAACCGGUGCGAAACUAUUCGAGUUACACGGAUUCAGAGCCAGAGGGUAGCGGUGUAAUGAGCUUAAACGGUGGCCAAAUUAUAGUCAAUAAUAUGGCAAGGUCGCGGGCGCCACUACCUGGUUUUUCGUCGUUUGUCUGAUUUUCACUGAACGACUUAGAUAAAGUAGAGAUAGAAACGUCGACUGUUUUCUAAAACAAAAGCAACAACGCACAUCGAUCAAUAAUAAGGCGCGCACACACAAAAUCUGGAUCUCAAUAGACAAUCAAAAAGAAUACUAAAAUCUCGCCCCCUUAAGAAAUUUUGUGGUGUCUAGAAGCUACGACGAAUAGUGUAGAAAAACGGAUGAAAUUUGCUCAAACGGUGGCUAUCGCAUCAAAAAAAAUUGCAAUCGCGCGGCUGAAUCCGAUUCUUAGGGCAAUUAUUGAACAUGUGUGUGAAAAUGACUUUUUAUGUUGUGUGAUAACUAACAAAACGAAAUUUAAAGUUAGGUCAAUGUUAAGAAACAAUGAUUCAGAAGAAAGAAAGAAACUAGGUUUAUUGCGCUUUUUCUCUCUCUCUCUCAUUCAAAUAGUCAAUUAAAACAAAAACUAUGGAAUAUUUCGAUCAAUUAUUAUGAUUUGCCUCCCCGUUAUGUGCGCUCCAUCACUGCGGCAGAUUUUUUGAUCAAUUUGUAUAUAUUGUGUAAUUUAGAUAGAAUUUAUUUUUAAUUUUAAUUUUGACGACUUAUCAACACACGAAACUGCCUAUUUUAAACGUUUAAGAUUGAAAACAUUUAUGUUCAUUUCGUUAUGUGCGUUUUUUUCAAUUAUUCUAUCUUUUUGUGUAUAUUUAUGAAUAUAGCAAAAUAUUCGGUUUUAUAAUUUUUUAGUCCAAAAAUUUGCGUCGUUUCGAUUUUUUUUUAGCAAAAUUAUUUCUUUGUUUAACCACUAUAUGAAUAUUCUAUUUUGUAUGUUGUGUAAAACUCGACUGAAUAUAUUUACUUGAACGUGUUUCUCGAUGUAACAAACUCUGUUACUGAUUUAACAAACAAAAAUAUUAUGAAAAAUUUGUAGAAUAUUUAGUAAAAAUUUACAACCACAAAGAACAAACAAACACACACAUAUAAAUUAAAUUGCAUGAGAACAAAAAUGUCAUAAAUUUAGGAAUUUAGAAAAUAAGAAUUUAUUGAAUAGAUGUAUGAGAUUUAAAUUGACUUUCUGAUUACACCGUGCAGCUUUUACGGCUAACUAUAAACAAA